GGCAGUUCCAGUUUUGAGAGCGGUGUGUACGUUUCUAUAUAUGCAAUGGCAGACAUGGUAUCCUCUCCAAAGAAAGCUGCUGUUAAACCAAGGAAGGCGAAGGCACCGGCAAGCCACCCGAAAUAUUCCGAGAUGGUGCAAUCAGCCAUCACUACCCUGAAGGAAAGAGGAGGCUCCUCUCGCCAGGCGAUUAUGAAGUACAUCAAGGCGCAUUAUAAGGUUGGAGGCGACGACAAGAUGAUCAAUGCUCACCUGAAGAUGUGCUUGAAGCGAGGAGUGACUAGUGGUCAACUGAAGCAGAUCAAGGGAACCGGAGCAUCUGGAAGCUUCCGCCUCGGCGAGAAAAAAGUCGAAAAGAAGCCGACGGCGAAAAGACCCACCGCUAAAAAGCCAGCAGCAAAGAAGGCAGGUAGUGCAAAGGCAAAGCAGCCUGCGGUUAAAUCGAAGAGUACUGGAAAGCUUGGGUCCAAAACUACUGCGGCGAAAAAACCAAAGGCAGUGAAGAAACCAGCUGUUAAGAAGGCAACAAAAUCUCCAGCGAAGAAGGCCACUAAGCCAAAGCCUGUGAAGAAACCAGCAGCUAAGAAGACUUCAAAGUCGACCACAAAGAAAUCUCCCAAGGUUGCAAGGAAAUAGUCUGUCGAUAAUGAAUAUAAAUCGUUGUGUAAAUAAAUGUACAUAUCCAUUGAAAUCGGUCUCCAUUGUAUUAUGUAUUUUCAAUAGCUCAUUAAAAUCUGAAUUGUGCUUAAAUAUUCUGAUUUGUUAAUCUCAAAGUCGUGUAAUUUUGUGUGGUGAUUAUAUCUGCAAGAAUAAAUCUCGUCUUGUACAAUUUUA